CUAAAGAGAGGAACAGCGCGCCCCCGAGCGUACACAACGUCUAUGUACCUACCCAGUUGUCAUCUUGAACGUGUAAUGGAAAUUAUGGGAUGCAAUGAAAAUUUGGUCACCGAAGUCUAUAAAAAACAUCGUGAGACAAAUUUUAUCCUUGCACGUGCAUUGACAUGACGAACUUUUGGCUGGGUUUGAAGGAAGCGAGCUCAUGGGUUCCGGUGAACGAACUGCUUUUUCGCUGUCAGGAAACUCACUGCGCUUAAGAUUCAUCCUAGCAUCUGCUGAUUAUCAUCAUCAUCGUCAUCGUCACGAGAAUGCGUGGACUAAUGUCGCCUAAAGAAUCUCAUCUCCCGCUGAAUAUCACCCAGAUAACUUCAACGGCCAUCGGGGAGGAUUUUUUUCGCCCUUUCGCCGAGUUAUAAAUUGUCAUGCAAGUCGCAGACAUCAACGGAAAGGAGAAUUUGUUCGCGAAGUUUAAGCACGCGCACCAUUUCUUUUGUCCAGAUUAUCGACUCUGGGAUUUCUGUGUAGUAAUCUUCUGAUGCGUUUUUCGAUUUAGUUUGGUAAAGUGGAUACACGAAGGCUGCUUUCACUGUCACAUGCCUUCCUUCAUAAACAUUUGUGGCAAAAUAAUGCGGAGAUUGUCCGAGCAUCGAGCUGAGGGCUCGUUUUCUUUUUCAUGCGGUUAUACAAAGUUAUCACGCGCAGGUGUUGGAUUAAUGAUUUCGUGCGGAAAGUAAUCGAGGCGCAUUUCGCUAGAAAAGUAAUAAGUUCGUGUACCGUGAACUGACCAGGCACAUCGACGGAGGAAAAAAAAAAUCUGCAAACCUAGCAGGAAAAGAAGCCAUCAAAAUUACGGAAAUCGCUUCGUCCUUUUCCUCCAGUCUGCGAUUACAAAUGGAUUUUGUGAAAGCAACUCUUUCAUCAGCGCCAGGGUAGUGUUAUUAUAAGACAUUCUUAACCAUUGGAUCUUAAGUUUAUUAUUCAGAUGUGUGUAUUUGUCCAAGUUAGCAAUGUGCGAUUUGAUUAGUGCUUUAUCGCUUCAUGAAAUGUCAAUAUUUCAGUUAUAGUCACUAGACUGUCACUUUACGCCUGCUGUUCUCCUCGCUGCUUUGAGGAAUAAGAUUUAUCCCUGCUGUGGAAAGUCAUGGGUGAUAUGGGAGACCCUGAGGGGUCCGCGCACCUGGAAGCGCUUUAGCAAUGGCAGCGGCCUGUCCACUUGGCCCUCAGGUGGAGAGACUGGACAUCUGUGGACAGACAUAUUGAUUUAACUGCGAAUAAGGUUUCUCCAGACAUUAUACCCCGAGCUCCAAGAGAAGGGUCAGAAAGUGAGUGGAGAAGACCCCCUCACCUGCAGGUGGAAGGUCACCUGUUCUUCACCCAAAGCUCAGGAAAAGCAGAUAACAUCUUAGAAGAACAUCAGAAAGUCACAAGGACAAGCCAUUGAUGGGUGAAACUAGAGGACAGUGUGUGUGAGGACCUCUAAACCUGAACUCAGAACUAGAGCACACACAUUCACACCGCCAAAAUGAAUGAAAGACAGGCUCUCCAUUCAAUUAUGAAGGAUCUGGUGGCCCUGCAGAUGACUAGGCGCCAGCCCACGUCAACUUACGACACAGCAAAACCAAAACCUGUCAGCACUGCAAGCUCAUCCAACAGAAUGGAUGAUGUCAGGAUUAAAUUUGAGUUUUGCGGUGAAAGAAGGAUUCUGAUGUUUGGGCGGCCUGUGCAGUUUGAGGAAAUCCAGCAGAAAGUCAAAACAUUCUUUGGUCAGCAGUUGGACUUGCAUUAUAUGAAUAAUGAGCUGUCUAUCCCCCUGCGUAGUCAGGAUGACUUGGAUAAAGCCAUUGAUCUGCUGGACCGCAGCUCAAACAUGAAGAGCAUCAAGAUUUUGCUGCUGACACAGGAAAAAAGCAAUGCCUCUUCUCCAUCUCAUCACACAGUGUGUAAGCAGGUCCGCAUGAAAACCUCUCAGUCCACCGGUGAUGUCAGCACUGCCUACCAGUCCUCAGAACCAAGAGGACGCCACCACUCUACCAGCUCUCAAAAUACUGGGCGAAGUUCUCCACCGCCUGGUUAUGUUCCUGAGCGUCAACAGCGAAUCGCACGUCAGGGAUCCUACACCAGCAUCAAUAGUGAGGGGGAGUUCAUACCUGAAACCAGCGACCAGUGUGUGCUUGAUCCUUGGAGCAGCGCAGAAAACUCAGUGUCUGGCAGCUGUCAAUCACUGGACAGCAACUCUGACAGCCCCUCACUCAGGAAGCCUCGCAUGCACAGGGUUAAAAGUUACCCUGACAACCGGCAAGAUUGUGCAGACCGGGAAAACCACGUAAAUGAUAAGAUUGUGGGAAAGGGAGGGACGUACCCUCGGAGGUAUCACGUGUCCCUGCACCAUAAAGACCAAAGUGAAGGUCGACGGACGUUUCCACGGAUCCGCCGGCCUCAGGGUAACCUAUUUACAUUGGUGCCGUCACGGCGAUCACUGAACGGCAGUGAGGAGAGCUUGGGGAGCUGGCAGCUGGUUGAUGCGCAGCCCAGACUCCGCCCACAGGACCGCGCAGUCCCUCAUAAGUCCCCUACAGCUCCAGUGACGUGGCGUAGAGGGAAAUUGCUUGGUCAGGGUGCUUUUGGGAGGGUGUAUCUAUGCUAUGAUGUGGACACAGGCAGAGAACUUGCAGCUAAACAGGUUCAUUUUGACCCAGCCAGUCCAGAGACCAGCAAGGAGGUGAGCGCUCUAGAAUGUGAGAUACAGCUGUUGAAGAACCUGCACCACGAACGAAUCGUCCAGUACUACGGUUGCCUUAGAAACCACAAUGAGAAAACGCUCACCAUUUUUAUGGAAUAUAUGCCAGGGGGCUCAGUCAAAGAUCAGCUGAAGGCCUAUGGGGCUUUGACAGAGAAUGUUACACGAAAGUAUACCAGACAGAUCCUGGAGGGCAUGUCCUACCUGCACAGCAACAUGAUAGUCCACAGGGAUAUCAAAGGUGCCAACAUCCUAAGAGAUUCAGCUGGCAAUGUGAAGCUGGGAGAUUUUGGCGCCAGUAAGCGUCUUCAGACCAUCUGCAUGUCCAGCACUGGGGUGCGUUCUGUUACCGGAACGCCAUACUGGAUGAGUCCCGAGGUGAUCAGUGGAGAGGGGUACGGGAGGAAGGCAGACGUCUGGAGUCUCGGCUGCACUGUGGUGGAGAUGUUGACAGAAAAGCCUCCGUGGGCUGAAUUUGAGGCCAUGGCAGCCAUAUUUAAGAUCGCUACUCAGCCUACAAACCCCCAGCUUCCCUCUCACAUCUCCGAGCACACGCGGGACUUCCUCCGCUGCAUCUUUGUGGAGGCCAAAUACAGACCGAGCGCGGAGGAGCUGCUCAGACAUCCCUUCUCUCAGAUCUUGUGCUGAGGCGGCCCACCAUCCAGAGGAACCAGUUCCCCUGUUGAGAACAUUUUAAGGGCUGUUCAAAGACUCAAGUUGUGAUAAGCUCAUUACAGAAUAUCAAAGGCAAUCUACACUUCCAGAGCAUGUGACCUGCAUGCAACCAAUCAUCGGUUGACAGGAUGAGGUCACAAAACUGUUUAUUUUUAUUUAUUUUUUUUUUAUUUUUUUUACGGUUUGCUGAGAUGUGAUGUCUCUGUAACAUCAGGGGGCGCAACAGGAUUCUUUAGUGCUGUAACACUUUUAUUUCAGGAACAAACAGGAUGAGAAGAUGCAAAAAAUAUGAUACUGCUUGGACUUUAGGGCAAAUGAGCUGCUUCAGACUGGACUCUGACUAUGUUCGGAAUUGAAUACUAUAUUACUACUUACUGAAUACUGCACAGUAUAAACUAUAUACUGCCUAAUAUUUAUUUUAAAUUGCAAGUGAAACUGUUUCGCAAACUGUGAAACAGUAGUAUGCUAUACCUUUGUCAUAUGACCUCAUCACAUUGAAUGUUUAAUUCCAUAUGCAGUUAUAAUUUUGGACAUAAAAGCAGUUAUUUUGCAGUCCAUAAAAAAAAAAAUUACGUCUGAUAUUACUUCCGGUUCGUUCAUCACACUGAAAAUGGAAGGUCAAAUCAUGCGCACGAUAUGUAUCUCAUACACAGUAUUCCAUGCAGUAAGCGCUGUCUGAGUUUGGAAUAGCAUACUACCAUUCUACUCAUACUAUUUCUACCAUACAGCAAUAAUAGUAAGAGUAGAAUGGUUGUAUGCUAUGUUGAACAAAGCAUCUGUUAUAUAAUGCACAUUUUGGCAAAUUUAGUGGGUCAUCCGGGUGUUCUAUGCAUACAGAACAUUUGCUUACUGUGCAUACAGUACAUUCUAUAUAUUGCAGCAAAAGUAAGAGUAGUAAGCUACUAUGCUGUUCUCAACAUGCCUUCAUUACAAUAACCACCAACUAUGCCUUCUAAAGCCAAAAGGGCCAAUUUCAGUGACCCUUGAAUGUGUGUGCUGACAUCAAGAAUGUCUCCUAAUAAUGAAUGUUUCAUACAGUCUGCCCCAGUUUUAUCAAGUUAAUGUUUUUCCUGUUCCAAACAGAAGUCACAGCACUUCUCCAUGUGUGCCUAUUGUUUAAGUCUCCAUGACUCCAGGCACUUAGUGUUAAAGGAAAUGUAAUAGUUAUGUCUUGGAUUGUUCCUGCCUUAAAUGAGUGUGCAUGAAAGGUCCUGUGCAAGUCAGCCUCACUUGAGGUAUGAGGUUUGCAUUUAUAUGUCGCUGUGCCAUCUUUGCUUCUGAAAAAGGUUAAUCUGGUAGCUCUUGAUAAAUGCCAUGCUUGCUCGGGGGGUAAAUUGCUCUUCACAGAAAUGCACUUCUUUGGUUCUUCCUUAACUAUUUUAGUCUGUGACAGAAUAUGGCCUAAUAUUUUUGGUGUAAUGUCAAAAAGUGUUAUAGUGAAAAGUUCUUAGACUUUAGAAAUAGUUUGUACCGUUAUAGUGCCUUAUAUUGCACAGUGGCCUCCUCCUAAAGAAGUGGUAAAGUACUUAAGAUGCAGCUAAUCUCAUUAAUAAUAUUCCCGUGACAAGAUUCCUAUGGUGAAAUUUAAGAUUGGGAUUCUUGUAAGGUAUUUUGUUACUGAACUGAUUAUUUUGGGUGUGGUGAGACAUCAAAAACACAUUUGGAUGUACAUAAGUUCUCUCAAACACAGCCAAAGAAUAGUCUCUCUUAAGAAAGUGUUGUGCCUUAAAUGUCCUAUGGCAGUAUAUUGGGCUCAUUUGGAUCAGAUGCACUUUUGUUAAAUGAAUGCUGAAUUUACCAAAUUUUUCAUUUGUUACACAAAAUGUGAAGCCUUCUUCACUUUUAUUUAUAUCCCAAUGUUCAGCCAUUUUUUAUAUACAAAAUAUAUAUGUAUAAAUCUAUUUUUAUAUAGUGACUUCAGAGCGUUUGAAAUCAAAUUAUGCUUUUAGGAACAGACAGUGAGUCACAGAAUCGUUAAAAACAAAAAAAAUUGUAAAAGCAGCUGGUUUUGCAGAGACUACAGUAUGAUUUUUUACAUGUUUAUUUCUAGCUGGAAAAUGAGCUCUGGCUGUCUAUGCUGUGCCUGACCUGUGCAAGUCAACAUUCUUCUGUACUCUAAUUUUUACUUUGUGUGUUUGUAUGAUGUAUGUCAGUUUCUGUUUAUCGGUCUGCUUUUUCCCCAAGGAAAUGACAAAAAAUCCAAUGCAAACUGGGUUUUGGUGCAGAGUGUGGUGUUGUUGCUGGAAGUGACCAGUACCUUGAAUCAGACUUUCUAAAAUAAGUGCAUUAUUCACAGAAAUGCAUUAACACAUGUUGUUGCAGCUUAGGAAAGACUUGCAGAGGUGUUGCCUUUAUGUUAUUCAGAGCUUCAGCUUAGGAAGAAUAAGAAAAAAGGUUCACUUUUUAUGUUUAUGAGAUAGUUCAGUAAAAAAUGGAAAUUCUUUAAUGGGUGAGUAAAUGAUGACAAUUUUUAUUUUUGGUUGAACUGUUCCUUUAUGAAUGAGAACACAGAGUAGUUGAUGGUAUUGAGGUUGAUGUAUUUCAGAAUUAUGCAGUAAGUGUUAAGCAUUGUUAUGUAGAAUGUGAGUACAUGGGACUUGGGAUGUGUGUGAACUAAGAAACGUGUGUGUAAAGGCAUUAAGCUUUCUUUGGGAGUGUGUUAAGAGAUAUUGCUCAAGUGAGAUCGGUCAAUGCCAGGGGGAAAAUUUCCACUCAGUUUGACGACUUUGUUUAGCUCAGGGUUUAAGUGACAGGUGUCCAUCACGUGGGCACACCAACACUGACCACAGGACCAGUUGUCCUCUAUUUUUUUAUAUAUAUAUAUAUAUAUAUAUAUAUAUUUUUCUUUUUUUUUUUUUUAAAGUAUUUUGGCCUUUUCAAAACAGUAACAAAUGGAUCAAAUGAGAUCUCAGAUAGCUGCUAGUUAUUGUUUAGGCAGCUAUGAAUCAGUAUUGUACCAAAGGUCCUGUCUCAGAGAAAUGUCACAGUAAGCGUAGUUUCGAAGAACCCUGAGAUAAGCAAAUGAAUAUAAACCAGUAGGUUAGAUAAACAGUAUAUGAUUAUGGUUAUGUAUCUUGACAUGAGACUUGCAGUGCAAAGUCCGGCAUAUCAAUUAUUUUCAAAUAAAAUAAAAUGCACA